UGUCAUUUGCCACUUUCCAGGAGAGCUUCCACCGCCAAUGUACCGAGUUCUAGGAGAGCGUCCUGUCUUCCGGUUGCCGAACCUGGAGCCCUACAGAGAGUAUCGCUUUGCAGUGUAUGCUGAAAAUGCCAAGGGAAGAAGUGAACCUCCAGCUCUACUGCCUAGUGUCAGAAUAGAAGCUGGGGAUCAACCACUACAGCCAGAAUACGGGAAAGAAAAUGCUCGAAGAGAUUCAAACAACGAGCAACCCUUCGCAGAUGGUCCCUCCGCCCAAGGGAGCAGCAACCUGACAGUCAUAAUAAUCUCAGCAGCCGCUGUGACUGUGACACUGAUUGUCAGCAUCGUUGCUGCAGCCUCGGCGCUGGCCUGCAGGAGAUCAACCGUAGCUGAGGAUGCCGUUCACCGGAGAGGCAGAAGGAGCAGCAAGCCUCCGGACGACUUUGACCUGUCAGAGGAUGGCUUCGGGCAAGGCUUUCACAGGCGCAGCGCUCAGUAUAGGGCGAGCAUGUACGGAGAGUGUGAAGAUAGGAUCACGAGGAUGAUUGAAGGUCCAGACCUACUUGCACCGUACACCAUUAGGUCUUCCCAACAAAGUAUGGAUUUCUGAUGACUGUCAUCAGCUUAAAGUUUUGUGUAAGUGCCAAGAAGUAAGCAGUUGAGAAAAAAUUGCUCGAAAUGAAUGGAAAAUUGAUCUUUGAGUUUUUGACUCAAAAUUACACCAAAAUGUGGGAAAUCGGACGAAAAGAUUGUGCAAGCAAUUUUCUUCAGCCUAACAUACCUUGACACAUAUUCUGUAUAAAGCUCUAAUUUACAGUGAUAAACAGUGCUUUUUAAAAAGUUCCUGGGUAAUGGUGGAUGAAUUUUGUAUCUAAGGGUCACAGCUGAAAAUUUCAAGAUAACAGUCGGGCGCCAUUUUGGAAUAUUUUUUCAAAUAUUAUGGGGAGUGUGAUACUUCAUUUGAAAGCUCCUUAUGAGUACUUUAUGACUCUAGAUCAUUAUAUUCCGAAAUGGUGAGCUAGUAGGUUGUCGGACUUGAGCGUUUUUGUGCAUUAAGUCGGUGAUAACUCCCAAUAUCAACCAAACAUCAAAACGCUAUGGAAUGCUACAUGAAUCUCCUUCCAUUGGAAGAGUAUAUAAGAAUAUGUAACUAAAUAUGAUAUAUUUCAAUUUGAAUGUCUCAUUUUCCCCCGUCCUUCCAAAAGAAGAAUACUGAUUUAUAUACUAGCACGUUUUGAUGAUGAGUUGCCGAGCGAUUUAAUAUAUAAGAUCGUUCAUCUUUCACAGCCUACGACUCCGCCGCUUUGACAGACAGUGAUUUUAUAUUCCGAGGUUAUAAAGCAAAAUAAGGGUUUAUAUUGUACAAUAAUGAAGAAUUAAAACAUACGUCAUUUGAUGCGGACAGUAAUGGAGUUCCUGGAACAUGAAACCAAAGGAUAAGGUUCAGGAGUUAAAUUGUUAUAUUUAUGUUAAAAUAAGCUGUUCAUGUACGAACCAAUUUCGUCAUCGCGAAUUUUAGCUUGCCACCUUGACAUGUUCAAAAAAAAGUACCUAGGCGAGGAUAUAUUUGAAAAGCACUAUAUGAAUAUUCCAGGAAGCACCUUCGAAUCCGCUCGGAAAAACAUUCUGAUCCGUUUUUACUUUCCACGCCACUGGCGAGGAAGUACGGUAAUCGCGACAUCUACACCACAAAAACCAGGUCACUCAUUUCUGUCAAUCUGUCUGUCCACAAAUUAUUGGCCCGUCUAUAUAUUCGAAAGUAUUAUUCGGAUUUUGAUGAAAUUCUUACACUAAGUUGCUACUAUGACAAAACCUUUAUAGUUUUUGCAAGUCCAUCCAGUCGCGGCUGAUUUAAAGUUAAAAAACGGAAAAAACAAAAAUCGCUCGACCCUAUACUGCGGUUUCAGCAGCUCAGGAUCAUUUUCGGAAAAUUUUCUAUAUGGAUCAAAAUUGGGGUCAAUGUUUUGGCGUCAGUAUAUUUAUACCCUUUCAACCUCGAUAAUAUACGUACCUAUUAGACAUAUUACAAACAUCAUAGAUUUUCCCGUGGAUUUAUUUGCCCUUAGAUAUAUAUAUAUAUAUAUAUUUUCAACAUAUGCGUCGCAUGCCACUCAACGAACAUCCAUCCACCUACAUGGUGGGAUGGCGAGUACCGCAAGUGCCGAGGCUAGACACUGCAACAUUACCACGUUUCCGGAUGGUCGGUUCCUUUAUCAUGACAGGUCGCAGCGUUGUCAAUUGUGUGAGGGUUCUGGACUAACAGUUAGGGCCUAUUUGGCUGACUAGAUCGUUUAAAUUCAUGUUAUACAUGUUUUCAGCUAACUUUUUGUGAGAGUGUCUAUCUUGUGCCAAAAUCCUUCAUGAACUGAUAACAGCGUUGCGUGGAAAGCGCAGGGUGAACUCACUUGACAUCAUCUUUUGCAUCAGCUUAUUCAAUAACUACGAAAAAAGUCAAUCGAGAUAUGUUUCCGAGCGGAUGAGAAGAUACUUCCUGAACUAAAAAGAGAUUUUGAGAGAGGUCCAAGGUAGUCAUAAUGUCUGUAAAAUAUUGAACAUACAUAUGAGCUGAGUUAUAGAUCCGGCUAUGUGCUUUCUGAGUGUUUUAUUCACAUUUUCGCUAUGAAACCCAGAUUUUCAGCUUUUCCAAAAAAUACAGGAAAAAAACACCCCACCCUCCCUACGAUAAAACUAUUUAUAUAAUAAUAAUAAUAAUCUUCUGCUAUCCUGAAACCGCAUGUGACCCUGCCAGUAACCACCAUUGGGAAAAAAGGGGAUUUUUUAGCUCUCGCUGGAAUAUCAGUAACCCUUGCAUGACAACAUGGCUUUGAUUGAAUGAUAUUAUUGUGUUUAUUGGAAAAAUAGAAGCUAUUAUUCAAAACAAUAAAACAGUAAAAUACCAUUCAAAAAAAAAAGAUGAAAAUCAGAAUUAUUGACCGAAUUCGAUAAAAGUGGUUUCUGCCAAAACAGUGGACGAUUGCCAGGAACUAAUAUAUUUUAUCGUGAUAUUGUUACCGUUGUAUAUAUUAUUUAUAUAUUUAAUAACUGUAUAAGUGCUUUCCAAAUAAUACAUAAUCAUAUAGGUGCACAUAUAGAAUUAUUCCCUAUCAUCAACGGCCAUUGUAUAUUUUGCUAAUUUUUAAAUGUUGUUAUUCGUAGCAUUAGUACAGAAUCAGACCUUUACUUCAGACUACAAGUGUAAACGUAUUCCAAGCAUUUCGGUCAACAGGGAAUAUGCAUGUUUUUUGUAUUCUCUUUCCAUUAUUUAAUAAAAAUUAACAUAAUACCGUAAACGCCGCAUUUUUCGCGCGCGUCGCAGUGACGUCACAAGUCAUGGUUUGUCAUUUUAUUCUAUGUUUGGCUAAUUUGCUCUCAUGAUUUUCUGUCAAAUCCUAAAAGAAACCAUGCAGUCUAUUGUUGUUUUCCUGACGUUGUCUUGGCGGCGAAAUUCAAACGGUACUAUUCGUCAUUAUUCGUCAGAUUGGUCCGGUGGACCAUUGCUCUUAGUUAAAAGUCUCGUCGAUCUGUUAGUCUAUCAGGUCUGGCUACCCAGAUACCAAACAUGUUUAAGGGGACAAGGGAAAGAAGGAAAGAAAGGAAGGAAGAAAUAGAGCAAAGAAAAGAAGUAAAUCAUUUGAAAUAGCUCAAGCAUUAUUACUUUGCCUACUCGAAUUAUAUUGUAACUCAAAAAAAUAAUUUUGAUUGGUUUCGUAUACUGAAAUAAUUUUGGCUGGUCUGAAUUUACAAUUUAAUUUUGAUCACAGUGCCAGGCGCGGCCUGGAAUGUUUGCGAACUUGGUCGACUGUGUAGUCUACUGAAAUUCAAACGGUGUUGACAUCUGUGUUGAAAAAGGGGCGUAACCUAUUGUAUUUAGAUAUGAUGAUGACAGCGUUAAAUGAUUGGAUGCUCACAUAUCGUGACAUCAGAGCAACAGCGUUGCGUAUCGAUAUUUUAAAUUUACCGCGUAUUUUUUCCAUUUUAUUAAUCAAUACGCGUAAUUUUAAGCGCAUAAGUAACAUGGUUAUUGGUGGCUUUCGGCAGUACAUUAAGAAAAAAAUGAUAUUUGAAUCAUAUGCGUAUUUCCUAUUGAUAUUCAUAUGUUUUACAAAAAUGAGUACAAUGUACAAAGCAAUAGAAUUAGUUGCAUAAAUGUUUGACAGUAUUUUCAGAUAUGACAGGCUUGUGGCUGUUUUCUUCCAUUUUACAAACUUAUUAGCAGUAUUACAUAUGUGUUUGGUUCUGAUGUCAAUAGAAUAUCCGUAGAGUAAGAUUUAUAAUUGGUACUUACAUAGUUCGAAGUUAGUUAUAGCUGUAGCGAGCCUAUGUAGGAAAGGGUCUUCGUAAGAAUAAUAGUAGUGGUCUUCAGAUUUAUGAAUGAAAUGAGCUUUAAUUAUUUACCUACGUAUGUUUCUUAGUUAGGCUAUGUUUUGUAUAAAACUGUGUCACAGAAAACAAUCUAGUUUAGUAAUUUAAUUAUUCAUAGUUUUGUAAGGUUUUCUGAAUAAUACCUAUUUGUAGAGCAUCUAAAAUGUACGUCAAUCUUGCUUAUGAAAAGUGUGCUGUCUGUACUAGAACAUAAAUACCUUGGAACAUUGUUAUCAUGCGAGUUAGAUAAUUCCUUUGCAGAUCAAAGUAUUUGAACAAAGAUGUUUAAACAAUUUCAACUUAUCUCUCCCAAAUCCGUAUACGUACUAUGAAAAAAUAAAAACUAUUGGCUAUAAUAAUCAGUUAUGGACCGUUUCAAUUUUCAGCUCAUCCAAUAGCUAACUCGCAUUGUUGCAAUUGCCACGGAAACUCAGGUGAACUUGUAAUAUAUAUUUUUUAAGACUGC